GCUUCAGUUUCCCCAAUUCAAUUCAUAUCAUAUUUUCUGAUGGCUGAAAAUUCCAAGGAUGAUUUUUCUGCAGUUGAUCAAAUCGAGUUGGGGCUUUUUCUUCACCGACAAGAUUUCGAAUUUACUCCUACGCCUGAAUCACUUCCAACUCUGAAAGAUAUCUCAGUCUCUACCACUCAGAUCGCACUCGCCGGAGAAGAUAAGGAAAUGAGUUGAAUCGGAAAACCAAAUCCACACCGGCAAAGAUAACAAGAUUUAAGACAAAAAAAGAAUCACUUCCAACUCUUGAAGAUAUCACACUUGCUGGCGAAGAUAAGGAAAAGAGUUGGAUCGGAAAAUUGAACACGCACACAGACAAAGAUAAGAAGAUAUAACUACAAAAAGUUUGGUAAAUGCAAAAGAGCAACAUGUUCAAGGACAUCAUCUCAGAUGCCAUACAGAAAAUAGAAUUUAUUCUGGUCGGCACUCCGGUCGGCACUCCGACUAGUGACGAGUUCUAUUUUACUGCUAACACUAAAGAGGGGGUCAUGGAAGAGGCAAUGAAUGAGCUGAGAAAGACGCUGGAUUUAGUGUUUAGUGAAGAAUUCUAUGUUACUCCUAACAAGGGGGUCCUGGAAGAGGUAAUGAAUGAGCUGAGAACGAUGCUGGAUUUCUUGAGAGGGAAAGAAUCGGGAGAGAGGAGCAGGCUAACUUAUUUGCUAGCUGACUACGCCGAUAUUGUUCAACUUAUUAUAAAAAGGACAGUUGAUAUUGGUAAACAAAAUAUCAAGAAUGACAUGUCUAUGGCGCUACACUUACUGAUGAAGACAAGAAAGCGCGUGAUGGAGUUUGGAAAUGGUGAGCCGCAAAGUGUUGGAGAAGAAUUAGGCGUGGUGGUGGGAUUGGAGAAAGACGUGCAGCAGCUCGUUGGUAGAGCAAUUCUUAACGAGGAACCAAAACUCUUGAGUGUAUGUAUCAAAGGCAUGCUUGGUAUGGGAAAGACGACUCUCGCGAGACAAGUAUACAACCAUCCGUCCAUCGUUGAGAAAUUCAAGCACCGUGCUUGGGUAAACAUGUCUUGUGACACGAGUGUGCAUGAGGUGCUUGUGGAACUCAUACGCCAGUUGGCAGAACUUGAUGCGCCCAAGGAAAUGGACAAUCUGAGUCUUCGACGAAUGCUUUGCCAAAACAUGGAAGGAGAGCCAUGUUUUGUAGUCCUCGACAACAUGCCAAAAGAAUUAUAUUAUGAUCUUAUCUUUAUGGAGGAUCAGCUAAAAGGUGGAUCCAGAAUAUUGAUCACCAGUAGGCAUCAGUUUUUUGGAGAUGUCUUUAAUACUCACAAGAUGAAAUCUUUGGAUUCUGAAAAGAGCUGGCGAUUGUUUUCAAAAACAUUUGAUAAAUAUACAGGUGUUGAAAACAUAUUCUCAAAUGACAUGAAGAAGAAAGGGAAAGAGAUGUUGGAAAAAUGUUGGGGUUUGCCGAUAUCUAUAAUAAAUGUUGGAAAGCAGAAAGCAAAGCAAAGAAAUUCAGGGAUUGAAUGGGAACAACUUUUUGAUUCAGUUGAUUUGAGUGAAUCAUUGAAGUUAUUGGAACCCAUGUAUCGUGGAUUGGAUGAAGAACUCAAGCCAUGUUUCUUGCAUAUGUUCUUUUUUAAGGAAAAUGCAAUCAUGAGACCAGAAAAGUUGGAACAAAUUUGGGCUAUAAAUGGAAUAGACCCAGUAAGAUCUUUACCAAUUCCUGUCAGUGCAGAGGAAAGAUACGUAUCACAACCAUGUAUUAACGAAUUAGUUGGAGAAUCCGUUAUUGAAGUUGUGCAUGAUUUCCCAUUCGGCCUUGAAGUGAAAAGGUGUCGCAUGAAUCCUUUACUACACAUGCUAUCCAUCAAAAUAGCAGAGGAGGAACUGGGGCUUGAGAUAUUGAGGAAUAACGCAAAUGAUCGAUUCUCUCAUAAUCCUCGUCAUCGUGUUAUCCAUUGUGGAAGAGAAAAGUUUAAUCACUUCCAGAAUCAAGACAAAAAUCUUGUUUCUCUCAUCUUUCAUGGAGGUGGGAGGUACUUGGACGAUGCUAGCAUGUCUUAUUGGAAGAGUUUUGAACUCCUUAGUAUACUCGACAUGGAAGAUUUUGGGGUGAAGUGUUUAUCAGAAACUAUCGGCACAUUGACUGGGUUAAGGUAUUUGGGAUUGAGAAACAACUACAUACAAGAGAUCCCACACUCGUUUGGGGGCUUGAAAAAGCUUGAGGUUUUUGAUAUAGCGCUAAACUUUAUGGUGGAGGUGCCGGAUAUUAUCAACGAAAUGGGCAGCCUUCGUCAUCUCUACAUGUCAGAUGUGAUUUGUUGUGAGCCUUUGAAUGUAGAUGCGCUACAUAAUCUCGAGACCCUAACCUACAUUUCGAUUUAUGAUUUGAUGCAUGAGGUCUCGAGGUUGGAGAAGAUGACAAGUCUCCGUAAAUUGGGCGUUGAAGAAGUUGAUGAAAACUCGGAUGUAAGCAGACUCUUUGCAUCACUGGCUAAGUUGAGUAAGUAUGAAUGUCUUAUAUUGAGAGGGUUUCGUUUCAAAAUUAUGCCAUGUUUGGACAAGAUUGGUGUUCUAGAUAAACUCAAAAAACUGAGACUCGAUGGACGCCUAACUAGGCUACCAAGUGCCGCGGAAUUGGGCCUAACUAGGCUACGAACUGCCAUGGAAUGUCUUAAAAGUCUUACUUACUUGGUCUUAGUAAAUACUUGUCUUGAAGAAGAUCCCAUGCCAGUAUUAGCGUCUAUAUGGCAUCUACGAGCUAUCAAACUGCGUAAUGCAUACACCGGUCGACAAAUGGCGAUUGGGACGAACUACUUAAGCCGUCUCGAAGUCCUUCGCAUCAAUGAGUUGUGGAAUUUGAGAGAUAUUCAGGUCAGAGACACUGGCUUGUGGCGUCUGCAAGAACUAGAAAUUAAGAAUUGUCCACUCAUGGAGACCCUUCCGGAUAAUAAUGAGUUGUUACCGUGUUUAAGGAAGUUAAAGAUGGUAACAACCAAAGACAUUGCAACAAAGAUCAGAAAGUUGGACUUCAUCUCCAAAUUAGUGGAAGUAGAUAUUAGUCCAUAAUUUUCAGCAGCUGAGUAGCUACGGAAAGCAUAUCGCAAAGACGAGGCAAGCAUCACCUACAGGUUGUUAUCUGAAUUAUUUUUCUCAAUUUUAUUUAAUUAAUGUAAUCGAGUCGAGCAUGAAGUAUAAGCACAAUUCCAGGUUUUCUUUGACGGUUCUUUCCUGGAAUGUAAAAAAGAGUCGAACCGCAUAGGUGUACAUAUUUAUGAUAGGGCUAUUGUAUUCCAUUAUCAAUCUAUCUAAGUAUAUGCAAUUUACUUUCUUUUUUAGUCUCUUCCAACUAACUAUAUGCUUAUGUUCUACACUAUGGGCUAUGGGGUAAAAAAGCCAAACUGAUUCAUAAACCUCUUUCACGUCAUGUCACGGCUAGGUACUGCAGCAAAAUUCGAUCUAAUUUAUCGUGCGAUAGAUUACUUAAUAAGUUGGUUCUUUGUAUUCUGAAUGAAAAAAAUAAAUUCAUUGGCUUAUCUAAUUAUCUGUCGAGCCAUGAAAAAAAAUUAACGAUGUGAUAUAUACUGAAAAAUGAGUUUGGAUUUGAUAUAAAUUGUUGGAUACGAGCAACGAAUUUGUUAA